AUGGGAAGUCGGGGACUUGAACCAGGAGAGGGAACCGGGCAUUUGCUUUCCACAGAGGGCAAGUGCGUCUUCCCGUUCAAGUACAAGAACUUCUAUUUCUACAACUGUGUCCACAUGAAAAACAAACAUAUGUGGUGUUCGCUGAACUCCACUUAUGAAGGCUACUGGAAAUAUUGCUCCAAGGAAGAUACAGCUCCAUGUGUGUUUCCCUUCUGGUACCGACGCUUAAUCUACAGGUCCUGUACAGAGGAUGGAGAUGCUUUCGGAAAACUGUGGUGUUCCCUGACCAAAAACUUUAAUAAGGACCGGGUCUGGAAAUAUUGCUAA